AAGAUAUCUCCAUUUCAAUCUCUCCUUUUGAACGGCCAUAGAUAAACACAUAGCGAGAGCUUCGAAACGGCAAUGAAUCCGCUAAAGCGGAAACAUCAUUUCACUGUUUAUUGAAACCAUCACUCUCGAGUUACAUUUAAUAACCUCAGCGAUGGCGAUGAAACCCAGUCGCCAUUUUUACCCAACCAUUCUCACGAAGACGAAGCUUGCACACUCGUUCCAAGCCUCCUCCUUCUGCUUCCGUUUCUUAAGGUACCACCAAAGUUCAUCAAUCUCAAUACCGACCCGUAACGAUAUUACCGCAUCUGGUUCGAGUAGUAGUGAUCAAACUCAAUCGAAAAGGUUUAGCCUUUCUCCUAAGAACGGUGAGUGGUUAGAGAAUUGGAACAGAACCCAGAAACGGAAUCAACCUAAGCCUCCCAAGAUAGUUGUAAACUACAGAAAAGAAGGUAGAUUUACGAGCGGUGAUUCCGUUAGUAGAGAUGGUGACGGCGUUACAAUGGAGAAGAUUGUGGAGAAGUUAAGAAAGUAUGGUUAUAUGGAAGGUGGUGAUAAGGAGGUUGAGCAAGAGAGAAGGAUUGAGAAAGGGUCAGUGGAGGAUAUAUUCUACGUUGAAGAAGGGAUGUUACCUGAUACAAGAGGUGGGUUCAGUGAGGAGUCAGUUCUCGGUGGGUUUCCUUGGGAGAAGAUAAGUGCUGAGAAGAAGAAAGAGUUGGAGUCUGAGUGGAGUGCUGAGAAGGAGAGUAGAUACUCUCUUGCGGAGAUGACUCUUCCGGAGUCGGAGCUAAGGAGGUUGAGGAAUCUGACGUUUAGGACGGCGAGCAAGAUGAGGAUUAGAGGAGCAGGUGUGACUCAGGUGGUGGUGGAUGCGAUUAAGGAGAAGUGGAAGAGCGCAGAGAUUGUGAGGUUGAAGAUUGAAGGAGCAAGCGCGCUUAACAUGAGGAAGAUGCAUGAGACAUUAGAGAGAAAGACUGGUGGUUUGGUGAUAUGGAGGUCAGGGACUUCCAUCUCUUUGUACAGAGGUGUCAGUUAUGAACUUCCAGCAGGAAAAUGGAACAAGCAGAAAAGAGAGGAGACUUCACCUUCUUCCUUACCUGCAACUACAACUGUGGUGGAAAGUGGAGAUGUAAAAGUGCAUCUUCCUCAGCUAGACCAGGAGACAACUAGUGUGGAAAAGAAAGACCAAGAGGAAAGAUUCCAACCAGAAGUAGAAUACGAAGAUGAAAUUGAAGAAGUGUUAGAUGGUCUUGGCCCUAGGUUUAAGGACUGGACUGGAGACCAUCCAUUACCUAUAGAUGCUGAUUUGCUUCCAGGGAACAUUCCUGGUUACGAACCGCCUUUCAGGAUACUUCCUUAUGGAGUGAGAUCAUCUCUUGGACCAAAGGAGGCAACUGCUUUGAGAAGAAUUGCUAGAUUUCUCCCUCCACACUUCGCUUUAGGUCGAAGUAGGCAGCUCCAAGGCUUGGCAAGAGCAAUGAUUACGUUAUGGGAGAAGAGUAUGCUUGCAAAGAUUGUCAUUAAACGUGGCGUACAAUUGACAACCAGUGAGAGAAUGGCUGAAGACCUCAAGAAACUGACAGGAGGCAUACUGCUCUCAAGGAACAAAGACUACUUGGUUUUCUACAGAGGAAAGAACUUUUUGUCACGAGAAGUAGCUGAGGCAUUGGUGGAGCAAGAGAAAUUUGUGAGGAGUUUACAAGACGAAGAAGAAGAGGCACGUUUAAGAGGAUCAUCGGCUCUGAUUAUCCCAAGUACUGAACCUACUAGUAAACUUGUUUCUGCUGGUACCCUUGGUGAAACUCUUGACGCGACUGGCAAGUGGGGAAAGAAUCUGGAUGAUGGUCAUCAACAUGCAGAAGAAGUGAAACACGAGGUUGAGAAACUGAGGCAUGAAAAUCUUGUCAGGAAGCUGGAAAAGAAACUUGCUUUUGCCGAGAGAAAGCUCUUGAAAGCUGAACGUGGUUUGGCUAAGGUGGAGGAGUGUCUACAGCCAGCAGAGCAGAGAGCAGACCUAGAAAGCAUAACUGAUGAAGAGAGGUUUAUGUUCCGCAAGCUCGGUUUGAAGAUGAAAGCUUUCUUACUUCUAGGUAGGAGAGGAGUGUUUGAUGGCACGGUGGAGAACAUGCACCUGCACUGGAAGUACCGAGAACUGGUCAAAAUAAUCGUGAAGACUAAAACUUUUGAGGGUGUAAAGAAAGUGGCAUUAGCACUUGAAGCCGAGAGUAGCGGUAUCCUGGUUUCUAUUGACAAGGUCUCUAAAGGAUAUGCCAUUAUCGUUUAUAGAGGAAAAGAUUAUAAGCGUCCGCCCAUGUUGAGGCCGAAGAACCUUUUGACAAAGAGGAAGGCUUUAGCACGUUCCAUUGAACUCCAAAGACGCGAGGGCCUUAUAAAACACAUUUCGGCGAUGCAUACAAGAGCAGAACAGCUGAGAGCUGAAAUUGUAAUGGAUCUACUCUUUUAUCAUUCAUUGAUGGAACAAAUGGAGAAGAUAGCAGACAAGGGAGAUGAAGAGUUAUAUAACAAGCUUGAUGUGACUUAUGCUUCUAGCGACGAGGAGACAGAAGAAACAGAUGAAGAAGAAGAUGAUGCAUAUUCAGGGACAUAUGGAGAAGGAGAAGAACCUGAGAUACUGGCAGAAGGAGAGCUAUCUGAUAUUAGACGUCAGAGGAUCUUCAAACCAAAACAGAAGAUGUACAUAGGCAAGAAAGUUCAUCUGCAGCAUCAUAGCAUUGAAGAACAAUGGGAAGAUGUCUAUGGAAAUAAAACUGAGAGCUAA